AUGGCCGCAGUGUGGAGACCGACCACCAACUUCGUUGCCGCCAAGCUGUCGCCCUGGCGGUGCAGAAACUUGUCUUUCUUCAGCCGGGCUCACGUGUGCAACACAGUCAGCUACCCAGCCGUGCUGUACAGGGCUCAGGCCGUCUGCUGCCCGGGCAGCCAGGCCGGAAAAGUACACCGGAACUGGGCCAUGUUCGUGUGGAAGUCCGCCAUGGAAAGCACACGAAGGAACAACCUCUUUCUGCACCAAGAGAGCGGAGGUCUGGGCCUCGUUAACAUCGUGCUCAAGCUGCACGUGCAGCGUUUUCUGCUUUUCCGGGAUGCAAAGGACCCGACCUUCAUCGCCGUGCUGCACCACCUUGGAUUCCCACAUCUCGGGAAUUGGAUGGUGAGCACGAGUGGCCGCACGACCAAGGGAGCCGCCCUGAGGUUCUACAAGGAAAUCGCCAGCUCCAUCGAGUUUCUGCAGGCCCAAUUCUCCUGGGAAUACCUGGCGACCGUCGGAAAGAGGCGGCUGUACUGGGAUGCCGUUUCCGCAUCCUUCCCGCCACCGCUCUACAGACAACCACCGACGCCCGACGACGCGACGCGACUUUACAAACUCGUGCGAAUCCUUCCCAUCCCUGUGGUGACAAGGGACUUCUUCGUCCGGAUGCACAUGGAGGUCCUUCCAGUUAAAACCUGGCUCCAUCAAAAGGGGUUCUUCGUGCCGUGGUCCCUAAACUGCGACCUUUGCGGGGCGCCCGAGACCAUCCAGCACGUCCUAGUCGAGUGUAGCAAUGCCUACCUCUUCUGGGACGAGAUGAGGACGACGUUUGAGCUCAGGGACUCCUUCGAAGUGGAGUGGAGCGUCUUCAAGUAUCUGCAACUCGAGGAGAGGGAUAAGACGGAGGUGGCGCACAUGAUGAUGCUGCUGGGCCUGCACGCCAUCUGGCAGUCGCGUACCGCAAUGGUGCAAUGCCAUCUCGACGCGCGUCCAACCUGGAGCUACUUCGUGUCCACGUUGGGGUGGGUGCUAUCGGUGACGUCGCGGCAGCCGAACGCGGGUGAUUGGGAGUGCAUCAAGCGACAACUCGAGGAAGGUCGUCGCCGCUGCGUACAACGACAUUGCAUAAUUGCUCACGCGGUCUCAUACUGUAUCGUUUGCGUUUCCUCUCAAUCGUUUCCGCCAAGUCUGGUCAGAGUCUUUGUUUUUCACGCUCGUCUCUACAGUUUGCAUAACGUUUCUAUACGAGCUAUCCACCUGUCGUUUUCUGAAUUACUUUUCAAUGUGGCCUUGUAUAAUGUUUGCGGAACCUACUGCAAGGAUGUCUGUAAAUAA